CAUAAAACUUCCCUAUUCCAAUUGCGCCACUUUUCCAUUGCCAAUCACUUUCUCGCCAAGGAAAAACAAUCGUUCUCUAGGCUCUGCCUUCCUUCUGAUUUCUUUCCUUCUCUUUCUAAGAUCGAGUUAGCGAAGCAGCGAACGAUAGUGUUUCUCUCGGAGCAGAGCCUAACCGGAGUGAGAGAUGGGACAGAUCCAGUACUCAGAGAAGUACUUCGAUGACACUUACGAGUACCGGCAUGUUGUGCUUCCCCCAGAAGUUGCGAAAUUGCUGCCCAAGAGUCGCCUCCUCUCUGAGAAUGAAUGGCGUGCGAUUGGGGUUCAGCAGAGCCGUGGGUGGGUUCACUAUGCAAUUCAUCGCCCGGAGCCACAUAUCAUGCUCUUCAGGAGGCCUCUCAACUAUCAGCAGCAGCAGGAGAAUCAGGCUCAGCAGAACGUGCUUGUUAAGUGAUCAUUGUUUCAUGCCAGUUGCUUUUCAUAUCUUCAAGUGAAAUGAAUGAAUGACUAAGGAUGAUGGUUUAUGUUUGCAUGUUUGAACUUGGCUUCGUGUCUGUAUCAAUAAUUCUCCUGUUUGGGGAAUUUUAUAGUUGUCAUUGGCACUGCAUAGAAAUAUGUUAGUUUACCGCUGGUUUACUUUUUAGUGUGGGUUUUGUUUCAUUGGUGGGUUUUAAUUAUGUUGUUUCUAUGCACUCUGUGGUUUUGGUCUUU